UCCCCCGCCUGCGGCUGCAGCUGCUGCUGGAUCCCAAACUCCUUCGGAAGCGCCUCUCCAGCAGCUAUGGAGAAAACUUGUACGGAUGAACUUCCUCUUGUUAUGAAUUCUUCAGAAAAGCAAGAGACUGUGUGUAUUUUUGGAACUGGGGAUUUUGGAAGAUCACUGGGAUUUAAAAUGCUCCAGUGUGGUUAUUCUGUUGUUUUCGGAAGUCGAAACCCCCAGAUGUCCAGCCUGCUGCCCAAUGGUGCAGAGAUCUUGAGCUAUCCAGAAGCAGCCAAGAAGUCUGACAUCAUAAUCAUGGCAAUCCACAGAGAGCAUUAUGAUUUCCUCACCGAAUUAAUUGAGGUUCUCAAUGGGAAAAUAUUGGUAGAUGUCAGCAACAACCUCAAAAUCAAUCAGUAUCCAGAAUCUAAUUCAGAGUACCUUGCCCAGUUGGUGCCAGGAGCCCAUGUGGUAAAAGCAUUUAACACUAUCUCAGCCUGGGCUCUGCAGUCAGGAGCACUGGAUGCAAGUCGGCAGGUAAGAUUAAACAAAUUUGCAAUCAAUCUUUAA